UAGAUGGCGGUGGUAUCACAGAGCGACAAGAUGGCGGAAAUAUGCUCAUAGUGGCCAGUUGUGUUGACACUAAAAAAGUGAGAUUUGCGGAGAAAAAAAACAAUAUGAUCCUUCCGUAGUGAUUGUUAUUCGCAAGUUUACUCUAAUAUCUGAACAUAGUCUGUUGUUGUGUUGUGCUCACCUAACGAAAAGUGCGAAAACGACUAAGAAAAUGCCCAGUCCCUCGCUGCGUUCACCCCUAUAUUCCCUGAGAAGGUCGAAACGGAAAGGCACCAAGAGAGGUGCUGCUGCUAGCAAUAACUCUCGCGUCAACUCUGAUGGGGAGGAAGGAGCAGGUGAAGGAAAUGUUCAAAACAAUGGAUCGUCAGCAAACAACGAGAAUCCAGUCUCUGGAUCUGUUGCUCCUCAACCUGUUGUCCCGUCUGCUGUUGGUUUAGUCACCGGAGGGGCCUCUGCUGCUGGCCACCAACCCCCUUAUGAUUUGAGGAGGAAGUCACCACAUCAUGAUCCUGCCGCUGCAGCUGUUGCACCCAACUACCCUUCAGGCUGUAAUCCUGCAAGUGGUAGCCUUUCAUCCAAUUCAGCUUGUGCUGCUGGUCCCAGUGGCUAUGCAGCAUGCAUGCUACCUGCAAGAAAGAGGCCUAGGCGAACUUGUUACACAUCAUCAGAGAAUGGCAGCUCAGUAGACGAGCAAAGAAGUGCAGCUCACUACCUCCAGUAUGAAUUACCUGAUGAAGUUCUCAUAUGCAUAUUCAGUUAUCUCUUUGAGAAAGAUUUGUGUCGGGUCAGUCAAGUCUGUAAGCGUUUCCAGAGCAUAGCUAACGACACCGAGCUUUGGAAAACGCUAUACCAGCGCGUUUUUGAGUACGACACACCAUUGUUUCACACGGGCGUCUGCAAAUACGAGUUUAUAACGAUAGAAGAGUCUGAAUAUGAUAACCCUUGGAAAGAGAGCUUCAAGCAGCUUCAUCACGGCGUCCACGUUAGACCGGGAUUUCAAGAAAAGGCACUCAAACACCCGUCACGCUAUAACGGUCGUUCAAUUGCCUAUUUCGACACAAUCCAAUCGGCGCUGGAAUUUUUCGACGAUGCCGAAAGUCCUUUGGUAUUCGUGCACAAAGGAUCCUACCAGAGGGAAUACCUGGUAGUGGAGAACAACGUCAACAUUCUUGGCUGUUCGUCGGGGAACGUGGCCGAAAACGUUACAAUCGAACGAGACACGGAAUCUACGGUGACGUUCAUGGAAGGUGCCAGAUCUUCCUACCUGGGCUACGUCACGCUCAAGUUCAGCCCAGAUAUCUCAUCGUCCGUUCCGCAUCACAAACACUACUGCCUUGAAAUUGGAGAGAAUUGCUCACCCGUUAUCGACCAUUGCAUCAUCCGCAGCAGCUCCGUCGUCGGGGCAGCCGUGUGUGUCACUGGUGCUGGUGCGGAACCCAUAAUUCGUCGUUGUGACAUAUCUGACUGCGAAAAUGUUGGCCUUUACAUCACCGACCAUGCUCAGGGUCUUUAUGAGGACAACGAAAUCAGCCGCAACGCGCUGGCAGGUAUCUGGGUGAAGAAUCACGCAAACCCCGUCAUGCGUCGCAAUCAUAUCCACCACGGCCGAGACGUCGGCAUCUUCACUUUCGACAAUGGACUAGGCUAUUUCGAAAGUAACAAUAUCCACAAUAACAGGAUUGCUGGCUUCGAAGUGAAAGCUGGAGCAAACCCGACGGUGGUACGCUGUGAAAUUCACCACGGACAAACGGGGGGCAUUUACGUGCAUGAAUCUGGUCAGGGCCAGUUCAUUGAAAAUCGGAUUCACUCAAACAACUUUGCGGGCGUAUGGAUCACCUCCAAUUCGAAUCCGACUAUCCGCCGAAAUGAGAUUUACAAUGGCCAUCAAGGCGGCGUUUAUAUUUUUGGUGAAGGCCGUGGUCUGAUCGAGCACAAUAACAUAUACGGCAACGCCUUGGCAGGCAUCCAGAUCCGCACCAAUAGUGAUCCCAUCGUGCGACACAACAAAAUCCACCACGGCCAACACGGUGGCAUUUACGUCCAUGAAAAGGGCCAAGGCCUGAUUGAGGAGAAUGAAGUUUACGCCAACACACUGGCAGGAGUUUGGAUAACAACAGGUUCGACUCCGGUGUUGAGGCGAAACAGAAUUCACUCUGGCAAACAAGUGGGCGUCUAUUUUUACGAUAACGGCCACGGUCGUCUCGAAGACAACGACAUCUUCAAUCACCUGUACAGUGGCGUACAGAUAAGAACGGGAAGUAACCCGAUCAUCCGCCGAAACAAGAUUUGGGGUGGGCAAAAUGGUGGAGUUCUUGUUUAUAAUGGAGGCCUCGGCCUUCUGGAACAAAACGAAAUCUUCGAUAACGCAAUGGCUGGUGUCUGGAUAAAAACCGAUUCUAAUCCAACAUUGAAGCGGAAUAAAAUUUACGACGGAAGAGACGGCGGAAUAUGCAUUUUCAACGGAGGAAAAGGUAUUUUAGAAGAAAACGACAUCUUCCGUAACGCGCAGGCCGGAGUUUUGAUCUCAACCCAGUCGCACCCGAUCCUUCGGCGAAACCGUAUUUUCGACGGGCUAGCCGCUGGCAUCGAGAUAACUAACAAUGCCACAGCAACAUUGGAGUUCAAUCAAAUAUUCAACAAUCGUUUUGGAGGAUUGUGCUUGGCAUCGGGCGUCACGCCCAUUUGUAAAGGGAACAAGAUCUUUAACAACCAAGACGCGGUAGAAAAGGCCGUUAAUGGUGGUCAGUGUCUCUACAAGAUCUCGUCCUACACGUCCUUCCCGAUGCAUGAUUUUUACCGCUGCCGCACCUGCAACACAACGGACCGCAACGCCAUAUGCGUCAACUGUAUUAAGACGUGUCAUUCCGGGCACGACGUCGAAUUCAUCCGCCACGAUCGCUUUUUCUGCGACUGUGGUGCAGGCACAUUGACCAAUCAGUGCCAGCUCCAGGGAGAGUCCACGCAAGAUACCGAUACACUUUACGACUCGGCAGCGCCGGUGGAGUCUCAUACAGUGAUGGUCAACUGAUUCAUGUUUUUCAACGCCUUACAUGUGUCUAAGUGGUUGGUGACAGCGCGAGCAGACAUGAAGUUGAACGGAGGCGUCUACCUUUAUACUUUCUUUUGUUUGAAUCACUGGAUUUGAGCUAGAGCUUUUGCCCCGUUACUCAGUUUUCCUUCCGGACAUCCACCCACAACAUCUUCGAAUGCAACGCGUUUACCGGUUUGUAAACAAAAGCAAAAAGUACAGAAUCAAAAUGGUUGAGCGAAUUAAGGCACCGUCGAAUAUUCGCAUUCGAUCAAUUGUAAAAGAUAUAGUCCGUUAUAGACGCUAUAACGGUAUGAGAAAGUCGACACAACAAGUUGAAAGCGUUUUUUUUUAUAAUUUUCUUUCUCUCGUUAAUUGUAUUUUCUUUAGUUUUUUCUAACCGAGUUUUCAUAGUUUUUCAUUUAAAUUCAAUGCCGAUAGUGUACGUCUGUGUCUUUUGCGUUCGUAUAGUUUACAGCACGUUCUGUUACAGGAAGGGGGAAAACUUGUUUGCCUUGAGCAGCUAAUUUGUACGCAUGUCUUGUUUGUAAGCCACAACAAGGCGAAAGUGAUGACGUUUUUGGACAAGGAAUAGGGAAAUGUAUUGAGCGACUCCAAUAAGUGCUCUGAUGUCCGCGUGUACGUUUUGUGGUUAAGGCGUGUGUAAAGCGUUGAAUCCAGAAACUACACCUAGUGCCAUGUCCUUCGAGUUUUGUUCCACCUCUUUUGCCAGCCAUGUUCGUCAGCAGACGACAGUUCUCGUUGGUUUCUAGAGAGGGACAGAAUCUGCUGAGUCUUUCUGUAAAUAGCAUUUUUUUUCUACUGUGACAUGCAAAGGCUAUUCGCGUUCGUCUUGUGCUGAAUGCCACCUGUUCAUCAACCGUUGGCCUGUAAACUGGUUUAGUCUCAACCAAACGUCUCGUUAUAUUCACAUGUCCGUAAUGCUGUUCUACCCUAUUGCACUCGAUUCUAUUUGAAGUUGUCUCUCUUCGCCUUGGAAACAGAAGAAGAGCCAAAAAGUAGUAUGAAUUAGUUCAGGCCAAACUGUCGAUUGAUCAAUGUUUCCCCGUAUUUCGUGAAAGAAAGUGAAAAGUUAUAUUUUUCUCCCGAUGUUCAAAUCGCGAUUGUCGCUUAAUUUCUCAUACCAUUUUUUUUUUUUUACCAUUAGUUUUUUUUUGUCUUAAAGAGCAAAUUAUGCGAGGCAAGUCGGUAAUUGAAAGAAAGUUUCACAAAUUUUACUUCCAAGUUACUCGACAGAAUAUCCAUGUGAACAUUUGAAAAUCUUACGUUGUCUCCGAACUAUUUUGCACCGUCAUCCUUGAAUCCGAUUAUACAUCGUGUAGACUUGUAUCCUCGAAAUGUUUUUGUACAGUUUUGCAAUAUUACGUGUUUGGUUUAGCUUUAUAAGCAUCUUGUUGAUUCCUUUUUCCCCAUUACCUUUCUUGCCUGGUAUAUGUUUACGAAGUACAAGACGUUUUUCUUACA